UCUCCUCAAGCUAUACCAAACUUACUUGCAAUCAAUCUAAACCAGGAUCUGAGUAAAACCAUAUUCCUUUAAAUCCCCUUUCCAAUAUAUCCGACGGAGAUAGAGCAUGUCUGGUGCUUGGGAUCAUUUGCCCUGGAUUAGAUAAUCGGAUUUGGAAAUCUGGGUGCACACUAGGAUUUUAACUCGCUACAUACACAAGGAGUGCCCAAAAUACACUACAAAUGUCGGAUCAUUUUGACGAUGAAGUGGGGGAAGAAGAAAGUGAAUCGUUGAACGUAGGUGUAACCGAGGAGCAUGAGCCCUCAACAACAGAAUCCCUCCAUGCAGUCCAAGAGACCGAUGCUCCCGGUGAGGGCGAAGAUGGCGAUGACGACGACCAGCCUCUAAGCGAACAAGAUCUUGAAAGUGAAGUGGAUCAGGAGGAAGAAGAUGAAGAACAGAGAACCGAAACUGCUCGAUCCAUUCUGGGAUCGAUCAUUGACACAUCCAAGAAUGCCGGCGAUGAAGUCAUUCAAAAAACCGGGGAACUCGAGGAUUCGUCAGAUACCUUCCCACCUGCACAACCAACUACCACGGAAGACGAAUCCCAACCCGUCGAAACCGAAGCCGAAUCCGCCAUGAUGGCCGAGCUCCAAAAUACCCUUGAUUUUAUUUCCGCCCAGCCUUCCAUACCCGGCCAGCCCGGUGCAGAUCCCAACUUUCUCCGGCUAAGAAACGAAUAUGACAAGCUCCACAAGCUUUUCCUCCAGUCUCGGAAAAACGAAAAGUCUCUCGUAAAGAAAUGCAAAGACCUUGCGUCCGAACUCUCUUCUAAUGCAGCCAAAGUCCAGGCCGCUCUUAAACUCAGUCAGAAUGAUCGGAGCCAGAUCACCGCGCUCAAAAAAGAGGUUCGAAAGGCCUGGAAAAUGGUUGAAGUUUCCACCGAGAAGGAAAACAGAGCAAAGAAUGCGAUUGCAAAUUUGAAAACGGAGGUGGAACAGUUGAGAAAGCAGAUGGCAGAGACAUCGGGGGCGGGUGGAUUGCCUGGUGCAGCUGGCUACAGCAAUUUUGGAAGAGACAAGUUGAUUGAAAUUCAGAUUCAGCAAGAUGAACAGAUUCGGCAAUUAACAGAGGCUAAAGAGGCUCUACAAAAGCAAUAUGAAGAUACCAUAGCCGAAACGCAGCACGUCCGCACUGAGAACGAUGACCUGCAAACAAAAGUCGAGCGCCUUGUAUCUGAGCGCGGCACCCUCGACCAUGAACUCCUCACCCUCAAAGACCUCCUCGCGACAAAGAAAUCUGAACUAGACCGCGAAGCCCGUGCCCGAGAAAAACUGGAACUUGUUCUCAAGCAAACAGUCGAUACGUGCAGCAAAAAAGAUGAUCUCGUGGCGACCAAAGUUGGCGAGCUCAAAGCGCUCCGUGAAACCAUUCAAAAGUUGGAAGUGGCACUCAAGGAGGAGCGCACCAAGAUCGAAAAGGGCGAAAAGGACAAGGAAAACAUGAAUGCACGAUUGGGCCGGUUACAGCAGGAGUAUGAUGAGCAAGUUUUGACAACCACACGACUUUUGAGUGAGAAUCAGCAGCAGACAGGGGAGAUUAAGAGCUGGGAAGAGGAAUUGACAAAGUACAAGGAGGAGUAUCGAAGCGUGGCGAGGGUUCGGGAUGCGCUGCAAAAGAGGAUCAAGGCUAUUGAGGAAGCGAAAUUGGAAGCUGAAGUCGAACGAGAUCAAUUAAAGGGUGCCAAUCACGGCCUCUCUCACGACCUCGAAGCAGCCCGCCGUGACCUAGACCAACUCCACAAAACUCUCGACUCUCUCAGCCGCGAACGUGACAUUGCGCAAAAGAACUUCGUAAAGGCCACGGGGGCAACCCAAAAACAAGUCACCAUCGUCAAGCUCGCCGAUCAGACCAAACGGAAUCUUGAACAAGAAAUCAUGGGAUACAAGGACGAAGCCGCCAAGAUGCGCAAACUCAUUUACUCCCUGGAAAAAGAUCGGGAUAGACAUAUCAAUGAGGCUGGCAAAGUUCGCUUGGAACUGGUGGGCAAGGAGGAAGAAGUCAAAAUUGGGGAGAUGAUGCUAUUUGAUUGUCGAAAGAAGAUUGGAGACUUGGAACGGAAAUUGAAGGAACAGCAGACGCUUUACGAAAACGUUCGGGCGGACCGUAAUCUUUACUCCAAAAACCUUGUGGAGACCCAAGACGAAAUCACCGAAAUGAAGCGAAAACUCAAGAUCAUGACACACCAGAUCGAGCAGCUCAAAGAGGAGAUUGCCAAUAAAGAAGCUGCACUCGUUAAAGAACACUUUGAGCACUCCAAACUGGAAAAAGAGAAGGAGGCACUAUCAGUCCAAAUUGGCAAGCUUCAACAACAAUAUGAAGAUGCCCAGCAAAUGAUCCAAAACCAGCAAUCCGAAGAAAACAAACUCCGUCACAUUAUAUCAACAGCGGAUGCUGACCGACUCCGCCAAAAGAAAGACUAUGAAACCCUCAUCCAAGAGCGAGACAUUCUGGGUACCCAACUCAUCCGUCGGAACGAUGAACUCUCCCUUCUUUAUGAAAAAAUCAAAAUCCAAACCUCAACCCUCCACAAAGGCGAACUUCAAUACCGUGAACGCCUGCAAGACAUCCGAGUCUGCAAACUCGAAAUCAAAAAACUCCGUCGCGAAAAGGCCAUACUACAAGUCGAAACCCAAAAUCUCGACGGACUUCGUUCAGAAAUCUUUAGACUUCAACGUGACGUCCUCCGGGAACGUACCCGUGUCAAGAUUCUUGAAGAGGAAUUGGCGUCCCCACUCAACAUUCAUCGAUGGCGGAAACUGGCCGGAUCAGAUCCCUCCACAUUUGAACUCGUCACGAAAAUUCAAACCCUCCAGAAGCGGUUGUUGGCCAAAACGGAGCAGGUGGUGGAAAAAGAGUUGAUUAUACAUCAAAAAGAAAAACUGUACAAAGAGAUCAAGGAAGUGUUGCAGAGACAGCCUGGGCCGGAAGUCGCGGAAGAGUUGCGAGUAGUCAGAGAGGCAGUUAGGACCAAAGUUCGGGAAUCAAAGGCCCUAGCAUCGGAGCUAAACAUGUACCACUCUCAAGUCAACGAAUACAAGUACCAGAUAGAGGUACUCAACAGGAACCUGCAAGAUCUAAAGAAAAAAUACUAUGAGGCAAAGAAACAACACCAGCAGAAAAAAGGCGAUCGGGUAUCGACGAAAAUUUCUGGUGGUGGUGGUGGUGGUAUUGGGGUUGAAAGUGAUGCAUUUGCGAGGUAAAAAAACAAAAAGGUCAAGCGGCAACGCAAUUUAAAGCAUUGUACACGCAAUCAUUUUGUCCACCGCAAUAUUCUACCGGUUUCUGUACAUAGUUCUUUCCAUACAAUACAUAUUUGCCGUAAUGAAAGUUCCA